ACACCACACCACCGACAGACUGUAAAACAAAUCACGUCGUAUCUUGCCCAAAUUGAGUCGAAAACGACUGCUGAUGGAUGCUGUCGAACCAUCGCAACGUAGGGCUUCUUCCCAUGCUGCGAGUCUACGCGUUCGACACAUCGUCGAAACUGAAGUCCCAUCGACAGCGCCACCUAGACUGCAGGACCAAAGAAAACCUUCAACAACCUGCGACGAAUCAGAACCGCUUCCCAUUCCAUCAGAUGACAUAGAGGCGUUCCAGUUGCAACCAUUCGUCAUCAAAUUUGCCACCAUUAGCACUGGGGGUAAGCCCUCGACGGAAGGGCAGGUCACCAUUCUACCAUCAUGGGAUUAUGACUACGGCCCCGCCAUGCUCAUGAAAAAGGCCGCCAAAGAUCUUUGUGACGACCCAAGCUGCCCUGACAACAUAUCACCUGUGGAUUUCUCCAUGACCAUGGGUUACCGGCUGAUUCAAGGUAGGGAAAAGUAUGCGGUGGCGAGACUGCGCAGCGCGGCCGACUUAGAGGACUUGAAGGAUCAGGUGAACGAUCUACAGGAGCGCUACAGUAGUAAGAACAAGAACUGGAGUGUUUCCAUCAGUCUUCAAGCGAAGUAUGUCCCUCCCGACUCGAGUGGAUCUUCAGAUGGUGAACUUGAUAAUCCCGCCCGCACCCUUGGAGGACGAAAGAGGCCCAAAAAGCACAGAAACAACCCCUCCAAGCGUCUGCUGAACGAAGUGAAGCAACAUUCUGAGAACUAUGCCUUCAAGUUUGCUAUUUUGUUUAAUGUCACCAAGCUUCAGGACAAAUGGGUAUGUGAAGAACACGAAGGGUACUGCUGGAAGAGUCAUCGUGCACGCGCCGCAGCAAGCUCCGAGACUUACAGUACACCAACUCCUACGUCGAGAACUAUGCCUGCGAUCUCCUCAACUCCCGAUGUGCCUGCUACUACUCUGAUUCCCACGGACGCCGAGUAUGUAGCAGGCUUUAUGAGUUUUGUGGCGAAAAACAACCCUAGUUACACCGGGUUCAAUGCUGCGCAGACCGAGCAAGCUUUUCGCGAAAAUGGAUUGGCACUCGAGGAUUUAAAGAGGGUGCCUGCCGGUCAGACCAUCCCAGGUAGCCGACCAGGACAUAUGCUUGCUGCGCAGCGCUGCUUGCCCCUUUGAAAGGUAAUUAUGUUCCAAGCUUUUCCGCAGAGCUGUGCAACUUUGCUCGAGUCACCCAUUGGCGUGAGAGCAUUCUUGCGUACAUACAAGCUUAGUCAGCAUAGUUCGUGAAGAGGAUGAAUGUUGAGCAGGAGAGAGGGGUGUCAGGAUCUUUCUUUUUUUAUGCUUUUUCGAACGGUACCACUCCCAUUGUAUAUAGUCUAUGUUUGGUCAAAUUGUAGGCCUCUUACUCUCCGCCGGGAUGUCCCAGAGUUCAGGGACCGAGGAUCAAGGG